UGCAAGAAUAUGAUGUAAUAUUUAUUAAGAAAAGUAAUGCAUGUUUUGCAAUGGAUCUGAUUAUUUUGAAAAUAAUUACAUUAUCUGACAUGUAUAUCAUGAUUGAUAGAUUUACACUAAACAUGAAAAAUGAAAUCAAAAUCAUCAGAAGUUUCCCAGGAUCAAGUGAUGAACAUAACUAUAAAGUUUUAUUGUUUAUUUGAUUUUCAGUGACAGAAUUGGCGAACAAAAGCAACAACACUAGCAGUGAAUCUAGGUCCUCGGCGGCCAGUGACGCAGAUACAUCAAUACAUAGUCACAAAGCAACCAGAAGUACACCACCUGACUCUACUGCAAGCGGUAAAAUAAUUGUCAAAUGCUGAGACAAGAGCCAAACUGAGGACUAUGACUGCCAUGGCUGACCUCGAUGAGGUAAUGUGGGCAUGAAUAGAGGCACUUGCCAGCCAGUGGACAGACGUGAAGCCGAUGAAGCAGACUGCCUUCACACAAUUCGUUGCCUUGGAUGACAACAGUAAGGGAAGGUUGCUGACGGUAUGGGAGGAAUUAGGAGUCAAAUGUUAUCAGAAAGAGCUGAACAGACUCACGGCAAGAAAGAUGAAAGCUGCAGUAACACCAAACACACGAUGAGAAAACAGGCAAUACUGAAGAUGAGAAUGAUGAUUGCAAUACAGCUACAAAUGGUUCAGAUGAACGUACUUACAGCUUAACUCAAGAGGAGUUUGACAGAUUGAAGGAAGAGAACAAGAAUAAAGAUAUCAUGGUGAGAAAGUUGCAAGAAGAAAAUCAGAAAUUAAAGAUUGACAAUAAGGAUCACCUUAAAACAAUAGAAAAACUAAGAGAUGAAGUAAAAAAGUAUGCAGUAAUGGCCGCUAAUCAUAGGGCCCACUCUAGUGAGAACGAAAGUCAGCAGAAAAAAUCCAGUAGGACUGCUAAGCGACCACUUGAGAAUGAAAGGGAGCCCUUGGUGGAUGAAAGUGAGCAACCAAGCAAGAAAGUAAAGUUCUCUGUUGGUGAAAAAGUUUGGGCAUUGUAUAAGGAUGGACAUUCCUACAAGGCCAGGAGUAUAAGGAUUAACAAAAAUUCCUACAGAGUGAAGUAUAUUCAAGAUGGAGUGGUCCAUGAUGUGGAUGGUGAAGGACUCGUUACUUAUGGUUGAAUUACCUGAAUUACCAGAAAUUGAUAAUUUUCAUCUUAUGAACACAAUAGAGAUGUUAGAUCUUAAUCAAAAUUGCACUUGUAUCAAUCCUUACGAGAACCAGUCAGGUUCCAUAUUACAAAAUUCUAUGAACUGAUUUUAUGUCAGAUUAACUCCCUCUGUUUCAAAUUAAAAUAGGUAUGUCCCAGUAACUAAUGAAGAUGCUGAUUUGAAAACUAUCAGAGGAGAAUAAUUAACUAUUACAAAUAACCUCACUUUAUUUUUAUGUUUUAUAUAUAUUGCAUGCAUGACCAUCUUGUUUUUCUGUGCUAGCAUCUUUUAUACUUUGUAAUACCAUUUUGUAAUUUCAUCCAGUU